AUGUCCUUCCUACCGGAUCUCCCUUCGGGGUUCGGCCGCGACUCGGCGUACCCGCCGAUGCCGCCACAAAACAUGCUUGAUUCCGGACAGAUGACGCCGCCGGGCGGCCCAUUCCGCGUGGCGCGCGGCGAGAAUUCACCCUCGCCACGCCCUGCGUUUAUGCAGCAGGACGGCGCGCGCUCGCGCGGAAAUAGUCCGUCCAAGCUGGGGCGCACGCACAGCCCCAGCGUACGAGAUGCUGCUCCUGCGCCCCCUCCUGCAUGGGACGUUCCGACGCCGCCCUCGACGAUGCAUGCAUACCCACCGCCGCCGCCCCAGCGCGUGAUUCCCACCAGUCCGCCGCCCGAGCGCCGUGCGCCUGCAGCAGCGCCUGCGGCCUCGUUUGCAUCGGCACCGAGCGCGUCAUCGCGCACGCAGCUACAGCAAAUCCAUGUGCCCUUUCCCGAUACGACCUCUCUUGCCGAGCAGCGCGAGCGUGCAUUUGCGAGCCGCAGCGAUGUCGAUAUUUUGCGCUGGUCCACGCAGGUUCUCAAAUACGUCGAGCGCCUGCAGGCGAGCGGGACGGACAUGGAGGAGCCGGCGAGCCAGUGGCUCGACGAGGCCAUCCUCCAGAUUGUGCAGUUUGCCUCGCACCCAGAGCCGAAGCCCGAGGCGCUGUACGCGCGCGGCGAUCUUCUCGCAAGCGGUGCAUUUCCCACCUACGUCGCAAAAGACCUGCGCGCUGCAUUCAACGACUUUGAGCGCUCCGCACGCAUGGGAUUCGCGCCUAGCUGGUUUAGGAUUGGGCGCGACUACGAAACGCUCAACGAUAUUCCGCGCGCGAGCGCCGCCUAUCUUCGUGGCGCGCAGCGCAAUGAUGUCAGCUCGCUGUAUCGAAUGGGCAUGGCCAACAUCCUUGGCCAGCUGGACAUGCCGGUCUCGAUGCAGGAGGGCGUGCAGUUCCUGCGCAGCGCUGCUGAUUUGUCCACCGUCGACACGCCCCACCCCGCCUACAUCUACGGCCUCCUGCUUGCGGGCGAGCUGAACAGUGUGCAUGUGCCCAUUGCGCUGCUUGCCGAGUCGAGUGCACAGGCGCGCAGUGUUACACGCCCGAUGCUUGCGCCGCGCGCGCGUUCCUAUCUGCAGCGCGCCGCGUACCUCAACCUGAGCUCGGCGCAGUACAAAUGCGGGUGGUGCUACGAGCAUGCCCAGCUUUCUUUCCCUUUUGAUCCGCUGCUCAGCGUGCAGUAUUACAGCGCUGCGAGCCGGGGGGGCGAGCCGGAUGCAGACAUGGCGCUCUCGAAAUGGUUCCUUUGCGGCGCGGAAGGCUGCUUUGACAAGAACGAGUCGCUUGCGUGGACGUUUGCGGAGCGAGCCGCAAAGUACCAUUUGCCCACGGCACAGUUUGCCCUGGGGUACUACCUCGAGGUGGGGAUCGGCACCAGUAUAGAUCUCGACGCGGCCAAGGCGUGGUACAUCAAGGCUGCCGCGCAAGGAAACGACGACGCCAAAAGCCGUCUCGAGGCGCUGCAGCGCUCGCAAGACGCGCUCUCGCGUACACAGCAUCAAGCGUACCUGCAAUCGCGCAUGUACGACGAGCAUUUAUUGGCGCGUGGUCGCUCGGCGAACCAUGGGCGUGCGCCGCAGGCAGGUGGGAAUCCAGAGCUGGUGCGCAAGCAAACAAUGCGCAUGGUCGACGAAAGUGUGCGCGACAAGGAUGCGCAAGAGCGUCGCGACGAUACUGCGCGUGCACAGACGCCUGUGCGGAAUGCCCGCGCAGAUGCGCCCAAGCGCGGUCCCACCACCUUUUCCGAGAUGGGCUACCAGCCCAAGCCCGAGCGCGAAUGCACCAUUAUGUAG